AUGGUGGCGAAGACGGCAUCAAAAAACGGCAUCCUCAAUCGUCACAGAGAUGCGCUCCGGAAAGAGACCAUCACUGAGGUUGCCUCUAAAUUUUGGGCGCCGUUUUCAAAAACGCAUGCACCAUAUUCCGCUCCACUUGUAGAUACGAUUUAUCAACAUGAAAUGAUAGACACGCACUUCAAUCCAAGGAAGAUCAUAAUGCUAGAGUUCAGUCAGUAUCUUGAGUGUUAUCUGUGGCCAAAUUAUACUGAGCAGGCUAGUAUACCUCAUGUGAUGUCUAUCGUUGUCAUGUUGAACGAAAAAUUCAGAGAGAGAAUUGACGCGUGGCAGUGUUUUGUGAAGAAGCCAGAACAUUUUCCUGGAUUCAUACACCGAGUUUUGGAGUUGUCAUUAGACGAAAACUCGCGAAGCAACGCUGAACAAUGUGCAAUCAUAACUUUUCUCGUGAAUAGUUUCAAUUCUGUGGAAGUCGAUAUUGUUCGCGAGCAGAUGAACAAACUCACUCAUAUAUCGAUAUGGACAAAUUUACUUCCAAGUCAAAGGGAGGAUAUAUUUGCGGGUAGUAAGAAGCUACGAAAGUACUGGACAAAUUUGUCGAACAAAAUCGCAGCUCAAGAUGCCGAAGACACGGAAGAGUCUCGUAAAGCCCGAUUUGAGAGGAACUAUCUAUGGAAUCUCAUAGCCCGUUUUAAGCGCACUCUCGAUCGCGUUGAUGAUGAAAGCAAAGAAGUUGACUUAGAAGAAAUAAGAUACUGUGAACGCUUCAUUGAGCUCGUUACCGAUUUAGAGGCAUUGCUUCCAACAAGACGGUUCUUCAAUGCUGUGCUUCAUUCUUCGAAGUUAAUUACACAUUGUGUGCUCUCAAAAUUGAUCUCUUCGGAAGCGGGGUCGCUAUUCUGUCAGCUUGUCGAAAUGCUCAAAUUUUACGCUCGCUUCGAGAUUAAUGAUAUCACUGGGCAGCAACUUACACAUAAGGAGGUUUCCGAUAGACAUUAUGAGCACGUCGUCAAAUUGCAGAAGGCCGCCUUCAAGUUUUUUAGAGAAAGCAUGCCCGAUUUCUACUUGCUCAAUGUUGGAAGUGUAGACACAAGGAAAGCACUCAUGAAGCAGUUCGGAUCAAUGAAAAAGUCCGACAUAUACCGAUUUGCUGAGUAUCUCCAUCUGGUUCCCCCAAUCGACAGUGAAGAAUCAAUAUUGGACAAGUGUAGCAAGGAGUUUCUUACGGAAACUAUUACUCUCCAUUGUGAGCGGCGGGUUAACCAGUUGCAGCAGCUCAACGAGCAACCGCUAUAUCCGACCGAGCAAGUGAUUUGGGAUGAAAACGUUGUUCCAUACGAAAAUUAUUCCGGCGAAGAUGAGAUUCGGCAGGACCUCGAGGAUGUGCUAUUCCGUAUGAAACCAUGGCGACACGAGUCUCGCAAUGAAACCAUUUGGGGCGGAUGGGCUCGUAUGGCUCUUCUUCUUGACUCAUUUCAAAUCGUCGAGUACAAAUGGUGGCGAAGACGGCACAAAAAAACGGCAUCCUCAAUCGUCACAGUAGAUGCGCUCCGGAAAGAGACCAUCACUGAGGUUGCCUCUAAAUUUUGGGCGCCGUUCUCAAAAACGCAUGCACCAUAUUCCGCUCCACUUGUAGAUACGAUUUAUCAACAUGAAAUGAUAGACACGCACUUCAAUCCAAGGAAGAUCAUAAUGCUAGAGUUCAGUCAGUAUCUCGAGUGUUAUCUGUGGCCAAAUUAUACUGAGCAGGCUAGUAUACCUCAUGUGAUGUCUAUCGUUGUCAUGUUGAACGAAAAAUUCAGAGAGAGAAUUGACGCGUGGCAGUGUUUUGUGAAGAAGCCAGAACAUUUUCCUGGAUUCAUACACCGAGUUUUGGAGUUGUCAUUAGACGAAAACUCGCGAAGCAACGCUGAACAAUGUGCAAUCAUAACUUUUCUCGUGAAUAGUUUCAAUUCUGUGGAAGUCGAUAUUGUUCGCGAGCAGAUGAACAAACUCACUCAUAUAUCGAUAUGGACAAAUUUACUUCCAAGUCAAAGGGAGGAUAUAUUUGCGGGUAGUAAGAAGCUACGAAAGUACUGGACAAAUUUGUCGAACAAAAUCGCAGCUCAAGAUGCCGAAGACACGGAAGAGUCUCGUAAAGCCCGAUUUGAGAGGAACUAUCUAUGGAAUCUCAUAGCCCGUUUUAAGCGCACUCUCGAUCGCGUUGAUGAUGAAAGCAAAGAAGUUGACUUAGAAGAAAUAAGAUACUGUGAACGCUUCAUUGAGCUCGUUACCGAUUUAGAGGCAUUGCUUCCAACAAGACGGUUCUUCAAUGCUGUGCUUCAUUCUUCGAAGUUAAUUACACAUUGUGUGCUCUCAAAAUUGAUCUCUUCGGAAGCGGGGUCGCUAUUCUGUCAGCUUGUCGAAAUGCUCAAAUUUUACGCUCGCUUCGAGAUUAAUGAUAUCACUGGGCAGCAACUUACACAUAAGGAGGUUUCCGAUAGACAUUAUGAGCACGUCGUCAAAUUGCAGAAGGCCGCCUUCAAGUUUUUUAGAGAAAGCAUGCCCGAUUUCUACUUGCUCAAUGUUGGAAGUGUAGACACAAGGAAAGCACUCAUGAAGCAGUUCGGAUCAAUGAAAAAGUCCGACAUAUACCGAUUUGCUGAGUAUCUCCAUCUGGUUCCCCCAAUCGACAGUGAAGAAUCAAUAUUGGACAAGUGUAGCAAGGAGUUUCUUACGGAAACUAUUACUCUCCAUUGUGAGCGGCGGGUUAACCAGUUGCAGCAGCUCAACGAGCAACCGCUAUAUCCGACCGAGCAAGUGAUUUGGGAUGAAAACGUUGUUCCAUACGAAAAUUAUUCCGGCGAAGAUGAGAUUCGGCAGGACCUCGAGGAUGUGCUAUUCCGUAUGAAACCAUGGCGACACGAGUCUCGCAAUGAAACCAUUUGGGGCGGAUGGGCUCGUAUGGCUCUUCUUCUUGACUCAUUUCAAAUCGUCGAGGUUGGAAAGCCUUUCGUUGGCGACAAAAGCCCGUCAAUAGUAAAGGGCGAAUUCGCUGUCAAUGUUGGUCGUCGAACGGACAUAAAGCAAGAGUGGGAAAAUUUGCGGAAACAUGAUGUUUGCUUCUUGGUUACUUGUCGUUCUACGCAACCAGUUGGCACUAAGUAUGACGUCAGAAAGCCCUUCAAAGACCAGAUUCAGGUUACAUAUGUACGCGGAUGUGAGAUAGAAGGGAUGAUGGACCAAAAUGGACAAGUAAUUGAGGAAUUCGAGGCCUACGAGAAGAGGCCACAAAUCCAAGGUGAUAUCCGGAGAUACCGUGUGUUCCUAGAUCCAAAUCAGUAUAGGAUAGAUAUGGAGAAUCGUGUCGAGAAGGGCGCAGAGGAUGUCUACUAUACAUUCAAUCUUGUUGUUCGACGGGACCCGAAAACGAACAAUUUCAAAGCAGUUUUGGCAACCAUGCGACAGCUGUUGAACACCGAAUGCGUUGUGCCUGAUUGGUUGACUGAUAUUGUUCUAGGCUAUGGCGAACCCGACUCAGCUCAUUAUUCAAAGAUGAGCAACGUUGUACCUUCUUUGGACUUCAACGAUACGUUCCUCUCGUUCGAACACCUGAAAGAGUCUUUUCCGGACUAUCGAAUUGAGGCAACCGCUGAGGACGGCAAAAUGGUGCCCCCAUUUCAACUCACCUUCAAAGAUCUCAUACGUAAGGGCGGAAAAGAAGGAGAGAAAGCGAUUGAGGUGACACCUCUUAUACGUGAAGCUCAAACUCCUUAUGUGAGCUACCCAAAUAGGAACCAAGUGAGGUUCACACCUGCUCAAAUUGAAGCUAUCAAGGCCGGUAUGCAGCCAGGAUUGACAAUGGUCGUUGGGCCGCCUGGUACUGGAAAAACCGAUGUGGCAGUACAAAUCAUUGCAAAUAUCUACCACAACUGGCCCCAGCAAAGAACCUUGAUUGUGACUCAUUCUAACCAAGCUUUGAAUCAACUUUUCGAGAAGAUCAUAGCUCUGGAUGUCGAUGAGAGGCAUCUUCUCCGAAUGGGACACGGUGAGGAAGGCUUAGAAACCGAAAAAGAUUUCUCACGCUAUGGUCGUGUCAACCAUGUGCUCAAGGAGCGGUUGAGAUUGCUUUCUGAGGUUGAGCGACUUCAACAUGCGAUGAAUGUUAUCGGGGAUGUAUCGUACACCUGUGAGAAUGCUGGACACUUUUUCCGCUUCACGGUAUGUCGCGCAUGGGACGAUUUCAUGGAGAAAUGUGCGAUAGAAAAAGAUGGAUUGGUGGCUGAAAUAUUCCCGUUCACUGGAUAUUUCAGUGAUAUUAAUCCAUUGUUCAGCGGCUCUUUCAAAACAGACAUGGAAGUUGCUCGUAGCUGCUGGCGACAUAUUAAUCACAUUUUCGAGCAGCUCGAAGAAUUCCGUGCGUUCGAGCUUUUAAGAAAUGGUAGAGAUCGAACAGAGUAUCUAUUGGUGAAGGAGGCUAAGAUUAUUGCAAUGACUUGUACUCAUGCAGCGUUGAGAAGAAAUGAGCUCGUGCAGCUCGGAUUCCGUUAUGAUAAUAUUCUUAUGGAGGAAGCAGCCCAAAUAUUGGAAGUCGAGACUUUCAUUCCAUUGUUGUUACAGAAUCCGCAAGAUGGUAGGAAUCGGCUGAAGCGCUGGUGUAUGAUUGGUGACCACCACCAGCUUCCGCCUGUAGUGCAAAAUCAAGCGUUCCAAAAGUAUUCCAACAUGGAGCAAUCACUGUUUGCUCGAUUUGUUCCGACUAGGAGUUCCUAA